AUGUUCUCUUUGCCCUUCCCCCCUAGUCCUGCCAGGUGCCGGCGUGCUCUCUUGUGUCUGUUCUUAUUUUAUCAGUCUCUUAGUGCAUCCGCGACCUUGACCAACCGGACCAUCGACGACGAAUACGGCGACGAAGUGACGGGACUCGUGCCGGGCUACUCUCCCGCCGCGGCGUGGAAGCAGGGCUCGACGUGCACCAGCUGCUACAUCCACGCGGACACGAACCAGGCGUACAGAGGCACCUGGCACGAUUCCACCCAUACCCCCGGAGAUGCGGAGCCUCGUAUCAUAAGCCUGUCUUUCAAUGGCACGGCGAUCUACGCAUAUUGCAUCCUCGCCAACACCGUGCAGUACACUACCACCCUAACCAAUCUCACUUUCCGGCUGGAUGGUCAAGGCGUUGGCAAGAAUUUCGUCCACGUGCCGACGACAAGUACCGAUUUUCAGUAUAACGUACCGGUUUAUGCGAAUGAAUCCAUCGCGAAUGGACAGCAUCUUCUGGAAAUUGAAGCUACAGGGGAUACAAAUUCUUCGCUGGUCUUGUUCGAUUAUGCGACGUAUACGUUUGACUCUGACCCAGUAUUUUCUACAACGUCUUCACAGUCCUCCCAACCCACAGCCAGUUCACCGCCCCCAUCAGAGACACGCUCGAGCAAACACUCCAAUAUCGGCGCUAUCGUGGGCGGCGUAGUGGGAGGCGUCCUAGGCCUUGCUCUGCUCGUCCUUGGUAUCUUCCUCUACUCUAGAAGACGUCAUUUCGGUGUGGACGGCAUCUCAAGACGAAGGAAUCGAGAGAAAGUCGAUCUCGCCGAAUCUGACGAUGGUUCGGGCGCCUCAAAUGGACGGACGCUGGGCACUUUCACGCCUUACACGGCUGUCAACAAUGAAUCGUCCAGUGACGCGGUGACGCAGCCAUUCCUACUCAGGGAUGCAGCGAGCACUAGCACUCGGGUGCCAGGUUCUGACUACGGGUACGGAGUGGGGACGGGUCAUAACGAGGCACCCACGCUGCCCACGGAAGCUGCUUCCGCCGUCGCCGUCGCCGCCACUACCGCUGCUGGACACUCGAGCCGAGCACCACGGUCAAAAGCAGCUAUGCGUGAAGAAGAGCUCUCACGUCAAAUCCGUGAGAGGGAACAGCACGUCGCCGACCUGCAGCGUCGGCGCACACUGACUUCGCAUUCGCCGUCUGCCUCCCAGAGCACGGGGCCGGCGUCUUCCAUUGCGCCACCAUCUUCGGUCAGCGCUGGUGCUGACUCUGAGAUGCGGACGCAGAUCGAGGCGUUGCAGCAGGAGGUAGAACGGCUGAGAGCGGAGCAGAGGCAGAUGCUUUGGGAGAUGGACAACGCGCCGCCGCCGGAGUAUGAGGAGCGGCGUCUGGGCACAUGA